UGCCCUCCCCUCUGUGGACAUUUCCAGUUUCUAGCCCAACAGCGAGCGAUUUCGAGCGCGGGAAAUUCGUGUUAAACGCGCUAAACCCUCACAGCCACUCGGUGCGCACAAGCCGGAGCCGGCAAUUCAGUGCAAUUAAAGCAUAGGACUCGACAAUCGAUUGGAAUAAGCUGCGGCAAGCCAGGCAAACGGCGAAGCAGCCGUCGAAAAAGCAACAACACACAAAAACCAAAACGGCCGCCGUGCCUGUGUGCGAGUGCGUGUGUGUGUGUGUGUGUGGUGUGUGGUACAGUUGGGUAGAAAAACAUCGCCAUCGCGGCGGCGGGUUGCCACCUGGUUCAGUCCGCCUCUGCUCGCUGGCCACUAUUGCCACCACUUUCGCUGCUCCGUUUCAGCAGUUCGGUUCGUUUGUUGUUGUGCCUCCUUUGCUGGCUCAAAUUGCCAUUUAUUUUGGCCAGCAAUCAUUUUGGCAUUGCCCUAACCCCAGUGGCGAGCAGCGCGCGAGAGUGGCCCUGCAGCCGCAGCGUGAGAGAGCGAAGAAAGGUAGCAGCGAAGAGAGAGCGCCGCGUUGUGUGAAAGUGCCAGCGAAGGGAGCAGGAAGUGGCAUUCUUCUUUUUUUUUGCGGCCAAAACAAACGCCCGAGAAAAUGUAAAGCGAUUCGCAAAGCCACCCAUGAAAGAUGCGAGCUGGAAAAAAACAGGCAGCUGAAAGAGUCAAGACACGUCCUUGCAUCGUCUACGUGAGGAAUCUGCACGAGGAGGAGGCGCCCCCGCGAGGAGCAGCGCCAGCCGGCAAACUGAAGAAGAGGGAUCAGCAGCGGGAGGCGCAGCAGGAGCUGCGCGAGACCCGCACCAGUCGCCGCUCCGUUGUCCCACUGCAGCAGGAGAAGGCCACGCCGCGCACGCGUCACGCCGUCAAGCCAGCGGCCUCGCCAACGCCAUCGCCGCCGUCGCGUCCCAAGAUCUCCAGGGAUCAGGCCGCCUCUGCCGCCAGGGAGCAAUCAUCCGUAUCAGCAGCGGCCAAUCUGGCCAAGCGACGCAGCACCCUGCUGCUAGGCAGCAGCCAUCCCCACGGCGGCACUCACCACAAGCUGGGUCUGCUCAAGGCACAGGCGGCGGCACCGCGCCGCUCCCAGGCCCCAGCCGAGACGCCCAAGAUGUACAAGCAGGCCGCUUCGGCGGCGGCCAAGCAGGUGCCCGAGAGUCCGCCGCCCACCAUAGCGGCCAGUCGCUCGCGGCGCUCCAUCAAGCCGAAUCCCAAGUAUGCCAGCGAUGACAUUGUCACGCCCAAGUACAUGGCCACCCUGGGCGACGGUGGCGGCGGCAGUCAAUCCAUCGCCGGACGCCAGGGCAGGCAGGGCAAGCAGCUGUUCACGAACAACGACGACAUCAGCGACCUGCUGGACCUGGACGAGGACGACGAUGAUGAGCUGGCCGAUGCCGCCUUCAAUCCCCAGUUGCACAAGUCCGACGAGGAUGACGACGACGACGAGGACGACGACAUGAGCGAGGCCGAGUACGAGCGGGAGCUGCGUCGCAAGCUGCCGCCCGUCAAGCGUGGACGUGGACGUCCACCGAAGGCCAACAAUGCCAAUGCCGCCAGCACGCAUAGUGCCGGCAAUGUGACUUCCAGUGGGGCCACUCCCAAGAUAGCAAUCAAUUCGUCCGGCGGUCGUACGUUGACCACCGGCCUGCAGCAGCUGCGACGCACCAUAGCCGUGAAUAUGGCGCGAAACAAUGCCAGCCUGACGGAGGGAUCGGGUUCCGGCUCGGCGGCCGCCAAGCGCAAGCUGGACACCAGUGACGGCGAGAGUCCGCCGGUGGCUCGCAAGCGCAUGGUCAUCUCCACCUCGAGCCAGCAGCAGCGCAGUGUUCCGGUGGUGAAUGGCGCCACCAGCAAGACAAGUGCGCCCACGAGACCCAAGUUGGGUCACCAGACGGCCAGUGUGCCGGCCAGGCUGCUGCCCCAGCGACGGGGCAGCAACUACAAGGUGAACUCAUCGGCGGGCGGCAACUCCAGUGCGCUGGUCAGCUCCACGUCCAUAGCCACGCGGUCGACGGGCGCCGGUGCCGGUGCCGCCAGCAGUGAGGCGAAAAACGAGUCGGAGACGGACGAAGUGCCCACAUUCACCAUUGUCAACAUCGAUGACAUUAUCAACCAGGACGAUGUGCUCAUUACCAGGUCCCACAAUGCCAUUGCCGCCGCUUCGGCGGGCGGUAAUGCCAGCAAAAAGCUUACUGUGGGCCGGCCCCGUACCCGGAACAUCCCCUCCAGCAAUCUGGGGGCCAGCGAAAAGAAAUCCCACACUGUCAACUCGGCGGAGAAGAGCACGCCCGCCGCGGCGCAUAACAACUCGGCAGCCGGCGCCGGCAGUCAGGCCAAGCGCAUCAAGAUCCUGGCCAGCAAUAGCAGUGUGAACACCAAACUGGGACCCUUGCAUAUCCAGAGCCAGAGUCAGAGUCAGAACCAAAACCAGGUGGCCAAGCCGAGGCCGCGGAUACUCAAUGCGGAGAUGGGCAAGAAGACGCAGUCGAUGAAGCCGCUGAUGAGCAUGGGCAAGGAGCUGUGCCCCACGGACGUGGACACCGAGGACGAUGACCCCGAUCCAGAUUUGGACUUCGAUGACGACGACAUACCGGCAUCGAUUGUCAGCCGAAAGAAUCCCAAGCAGGCGACCACACUCCCAGCAGCAUCUGCGGGAGGAGCAGGCGGGCCAGCGUCCGCGGCCAGCAAGUGGAACGCCAACCGGCGGAAUGUGCUCUCCACGACGGCCUCCACGGUGAAUGCCCGGACGGACAGGAAGCUGAGCAAGCUGCUGGGCGAGCACGUUGAGCCGCAGAUGUUCAAGAAGCCCAGUUUGAGUCCGCAGCGCCGCAGCAAGGAGAACCAGCAGCAGCAGCAGCAGCAGGAGCAGCGGGACAAGGAGGAGGCUGCGCUAAAGGAGCCGAUAGCGACUAGUGGCGGCGGGCCCGAGGAUGCCAGCAGUCCCAAAUACUUUCCGCCCGAGACCACAACGUUCUGCGAGGAGGACGGGCGCGUGGUGAAGAAGAUCACGUGCUACGAGACGUGGCAUGUGAUCAGCACGCCCAAGGAGUCGCCGACGAAGACGACCCGGCAGCAGCGUACCUGCCUGGAGCUGGCGCUGGUCAAGCUGGCCAAUGUGGCGGCCCGCAUUAAGGUGCCCUCCGGCAAGUGGACCAGCAAGGUGACCCUGUACAAGGUGUCGCCCUCGCUGAUGACCCGCCAGACAAUGACCAUCUUCACGGGCGAUCUCACGGCGUACAACAUACCCGAGGAGGACCGCCACAAGUAUCAGCCGUCGUGCGUGCUCUUCCGGCGCUCGGUGCUGGACAGGAACAAGAGCCGGGUGCCCUACGACCGGGCCAUCAUCUUCAAGAACAAGUGCUUCUAUGCGAACAUCGAUGGCAAGCAUGUGAAUCUGAUGGGCGCCCCCGAGACGGUGGCCACCGUCAAGGAUGUGGAGAUCCUGCUGGACAUCGUCGACCGUCUCUCGCUCAGCAGCGCCCUGGUGGAGAUGGUCAACACCAAGUGAGCGCCGGGCACACCACGUAUCACAUUGUAAAAAUAAUUCACACAACACACAACACCACACCCCCCGCCCCGCCCCUGCCCCCCCCCCCCCCCCCACACACACACACACACACAAGAACGGACACUCGAUAAAUUGUUUUUAAUACUGUAGCGAAAACAAAACAAAAACCGAUACCAUAAAGUUUUUUUUUUUGUAAAACCAUUAACUUAGUUGUAAUAGUUAGUCUAGCGUAAUUAUAUUAUAUAAUACCUUAUGUCGUAGAGCAGCGGACGGAGCUACAUAAAUACAGGUGUAUCUAUGUACCAUAUACUAAACACUUGUGCAUAGUGUGUCGCGCGGAAGCCGAGGAGCAUCGGACGCGGGAGUUUCGGCGGCGGAGCAUAGAUCCUGAUUUUAAUUGUAAUGUCUGGUGAGGCGUUGGCGCCCCACACCGAACCCCCAUCCCCCCCAAAAAAGGCAACAAAUCGAACUCUUUUUUAAGCGGCAGUUAUGUAAAUCGUAGUUCAUUUAUACAUAUAUGUAAAACAGGGCGUACUCGCGUCUGUUUAAGCCGCAGUGGAGGACUAGCUUUUAGGUCGAGUGUAUAUUUAAGCGAUCCCUUUAAAGUAUACAAAUAAAAGAGAAAACUGAUUUAAAUAA